CUCCAGAUGAUUUUUGAUGAAAACAACUCGUCCGAAAAUGAAGACAUGGAGCAAAUUUCAGAAACUGAAGACCACCUGUCCCAAGUUUCUGAAACUUCUAGCGAUUUGGGGGAUGACGAUUUGUUGGAUCGAGAUUACGAUCCAAAAACCGGCAGGCAGAGGCAGAGUACGCGCCAGUUCAGUUGCCCCUGGAGCGUCACAGCAGGGAGAACAAUCCGCAGGCGGGAAAAGAAAAAGAAAAAUAAAGCACAUUGAUUCUGUGGAGCGCGUGGAUGAAAGCGCGGAGCAGCAGGGAAGUGCUGAGCCAGUAACAACGGAGGUCUACAUGGCGAGAUCCACUGGCAUUUCCUGGUCUUCUCACCCCUAUAAGCAGCCACCCCGCCUUGCAGCAAAUGUCAUCAGUAUGGAACCAGGGCCAACUAGAAUGGCAAUCAGCCAUGUCAGGGACAUCAAAUCAGCCUUCAGUGAGGUAAUGCCUGAUUCCAUACUGGACAUAAUCCUGGACUGCACCAACAUUGAAGGUCGGCGGGUUUAUGGAGAGCGGUGGAAGAUUGUGGACAUGAUCCUCCUGUACGCCUACCUUGGACUGCUCUACCUGGCAGGAGUCUUCAAGUCCAAAGGAGAGUCUCUCCAUUCGCUGUGGUCUGCUGAUUAUGGAAGGGCCAUCUUCAGGGCCACAAUGUCGUUGGACAGGUUCCAGGUCAUUUCCCGGGUUAUCAGGUUUGAUAACCUGGAAGACAGGGCAUCUGUGAAGCAUUAUGUCCUGGACCGUGUUCGAUCGUCGCACCAAGGAUGGAAGCAGUGA